AUGAAUCCACCAAAAGGCUUUCAGUUUGCUAUAGAUAGGGGUGGUACAUUCACAGAUGUGUAUGCACGAUGCCCUAAUGGUAAGGUGCGGGUCAUGAAAUUAUUAUCUGUAGACCCACAGAACUAUGAUGAUGCACCUAGAGAAGCUAUAAGAAGAAUAAUGCAAGAGGAGAUUGGUAAUGCAUUAGACAAAGAUGGGAAAGUAAAUUCAUCACUCAUUGAGUCAAUAAGAAUGGGGACUACUGUAGCUACUAAUGCAUUGCUUGAAAGAAAAGGUGCGAAAAUGGCACUUGCAAUCAAUAAAGGUUUUAAAGACUUAUUGUAUAUAGGAAACCAAGCAAGACCUCACAUUUUCCAGUUGAAUAUAAAGCGUCCAGAAGUUCUGUACCAAGAAGUGGUUGAAGUAGACUGCAGAGUCAUACCAGCUUUAGAAGAACGUUGUGAAAUCGAUAAGUCACAAUCAAAAUGGAAGGAAGUAAUCGGUACAACAGGACAGAAGAUGCUGGUUACCAAAGAAGUAGACGAGGAAGUGGUGAGGAGAGAUUUAAAAAAGUUGAGAGAGAAAGGAAUAGAAAGUAUUGCUGUUGUUCUAGCACACAGUUAUACCUAUCAUGAUCAUGAGCUUAAGAUUGGAAAAAUUGCAACAGAAUUAGGGUUCAAACAAGUGUCCCUCUCCCACGCGGUGACUUCCAUGGUACGCAUCGUACCGCGUGGUUUCACAGCCUCUGCUGAUGCAUACUUGACUCCUCACAUUCGGGAUUACGUUAGGGGUUUCGCUGACGGAUUCACUAAUGGCUUAAAAGGCGCAAAUGUGCUCUUUAUGCAAUCUGAUGGCGGGCUGACUCCAAUGAACUUAUUCAAUGGUUCCCGUGCGAUUUUGUCUGGACCGGCAGGUGGCGUAGUAGGAUACGCAAUGACGUCUUAUCAGAAGGAGACUAGGUUGCCAGUUAUAGGUUUUGACAUGGGGGGCACUUCUACGGAUGUGUCAAGAUAUGCGGGCGCACUGGAGCACGUACAUGAAGCGACCACUGCUGGUGUAACCAUACAAGCUCCACAAUUAGAUAUAAACACAGUGGCGGCCGGUGGCGGUUCCAUGUUGUUUUUCCGCUCAGGGCUGUUAGUGGUGGGGCCCGAGUCGGCGGGUGCGCAACCCGGCCCCGCUUGUUAUAGGAAAGGAGGCCCGCUGACUGUCACUGAUGCUAAUUUACUGCUGGGACGCCUCAUACCGGAUUAUUUUCCAAAGAUAUUUGGUCCAAAUGAAGAUCAACCUUUGGAUAAGGAGGCCACUAUAAACGCAUUCAAGAAGAUCACUGAUGAAAUCAACACUUUCUUAAGACAAAAUGGCAGUAAAGAGAUGACCAUGGAAGAAGUUGCUAUGGGUUUUAUCAAUGUCGCCAACGAAGCUAUGUGUCGGCCGAUCAGAGCGUUAACAACAGCCCGAGGUUACGACUCGUCGGCGCACGCGCUGGCGUGUUUCGGCGGAGCGGGCGGCCAGCACGCGUGCGCCGUCGCGAACCAACUCGGCAUAUCCACAGUGCUUCUGCAUAAAUAUGCCGGCAUCCUAUCGGCAUAUGGUAUGGCCCUCGCCCACGUGGUACACGAAGCACAAAAGCCAUGCGCGGCUGUUUACUGUCCGGACCAGUUUGAAAGACUCGAUGAGCAACUUGACGUAUUGGCUGCGGUCUGCAGGGAUAAGCUUCAUGCUCAGGGCUUCGACGACGCACAGAUCGUUCUAGAACCUUACUUGCAUUUACGUUAUGCUGGAACUGAUUGUGCAUUGAUGGUACCUCCCAUUAUGGACACUAAAUCGGCUACGUCGUGCCGACAUGGCGACUUUUACACAGCGUUUGUAAAUAGGUAUAAGAAUGAGUUCGGCUUCACAUUGACCGAAAGGGAUGUAUUAGUAGACGACGUACGAGUUCGCGGAGUUGGCAUGAGUAAGAUUGAAGAGGAAGUGGCGCCACCCAGCGGAAAGGGCAUUAAACCCAUUCCUGAGAAAACUGUGAAAGUAUACUACGAAGGCGGAUACCAGGACACGGCAAUUUAUCUGUUAGAUAAUCUGAUGCCUGAUCAAGUGAUACUCGGACCUGCCAUUAUUAUGGACAGUCUUUCGACUAUUCUCGUUGAACCAGUUUGCCAGGCUGAGAUCACCAAGUACGGUGACAUACGCAUUACAGUUGGAUCCGGUCGGAACAAGAAAGUUACGGCUGAUCUUGACUCGGUGCAAUUGAGUGUCUUCUCCCACCGUUUCAUGUCGAUUGCCGAGCAGAUGGGCAGGGUGCUCCAACGCACAUCGAUAUCGGUGAACAUUAAGGAGCGUUUGGACUUCUCUUGUGCUUUAUUCGGACCUGACGGUGGCCUGGUGUCUAACGCGCCACACAUACCAGUCCACCUGGGCGCUAUGCAGGAAACCGUCCAGUAUCAGAUGAAAGUAAGAGGCGACUCUCUUAAGCGGGGAGAUGUGUUACUGGCCAAUCAUCCCAAAGCCGGCGGCUCACACCUUCCCGACUUGACAGUUAUCACUCCUGUAUUUCAUACAUCACAGUCUCUGCCAAUAUUCUUCGUUGCGUCGCGCGGCCAUCACGCAGAUAUAGGAGGGCUUACGCCGGGCUCGAUGCCUCCGCACUCCACUAGCUUGGCGCAAGAGGGCGCUGCAUUCAAAUCAUUCCUAUUAGUCGACGCCGGUAAUUUUAAGGAGGACAAAUUGAUUGAAGAAUUGAUGGCCCCAGGCAAAGAGCCAGGUUGCUCCGGCACAAGGAAUUUGGCUGACAACCUGUCGGACUUGAAGGCACAAGUUGCUGCCAACCAAAGGGGCAUCCAACUGGUGCUGGAGUUAAUUGACGAGUACGGGCUGGACGUAGUCCAGGCGUAUAUGUCGCAUAUACAGAAGAACGCCGAGCUCGCUGUCCGAGAUAUGUUAAAGGAAAUAGCCAAGAAUGCUAUUGAAAAAACCGGCUCGGCUGUUUUAAAGGCUACUGAAUAUAUGGAUAACGGUACUCCUAUUGUUCUAACUAUAACGCUAGAUAAAGACAAAGGCAGCGCAGUUUGUGAUUUCACCGGUACUGGCGUAGAAGUAUGGGGAAAUUUAAACGCACCGCGAGCUAUCACACUUUCGGCCUUAAUUUAUUGCUUGCGGUGUAUGGUCGGACAUGAUGUACCACUGAAUCAGGGUUGCUUAAAUCCCGUUCAAGUUAUAAUUCCUUCAGGAUCGAUCCUUGACCCGUCCGAAACUGCGGCGGUGGUCGGCGGAAACGUGCUUACAUCACAACGCAUUGUUGAUGUUGUUCUAAAAGCGUUCCAAGUUUGCGCCGCUUCACAAGGCUGCAUGAAUAACUUGACGUUAGGAGAGACGAGUUGGGGAUAUUAUGAAACCGUAGCGGGUGGUAGCGGAGCUGGUCCCGGAUGGCACGGCUCGGGUGGAGUCCACACUCACAUGACCAACACCCGUAUAACGGACGUGGAGAUUGUCGAAACACGCUAUCCUAUACUUGUGAAUAAGUUCUCUUUGCGAGAAGGGUCUGGAGGGAAAGGACGCUGGAACGGUGGUGAUGGAGUAACAAGAGAGCUGAUCUUCAGACGAGCCGUACAGCUGUCGGUUCUGACGGAACGUAGAGCUUUCCAGCCUUAUGGAAUGAAUGGUGGUGAACCGGGAGAAAGAGGAUUAAACCUGCUACAAAGGACAGACGGCAGGAUAAUCAAUCUUGGGGGAAGAGCGUCUGUUGAGGCCUAUCCUGGGGAUAAAUAUAUUAUGAACUCUCCUGGAGGCGGUGGUUACGGUCGACCAACAGAUUCCAGCUCAAUUGACAAGCAAACAAACAAGCAGUAUAGCGAAUUUUUAGAGAGAGGAAGCGUAUACGAGUAUAGAAGCGCUCAAGAGUCCGUUUAA